AUGACUAAAGUUAGAAAUGCUCCUGUUAGAAGUAUAAAUGCUACUUGUCCGACUACCGACACAUACUGUCAUUGGACUUGCACUACUUGUACUCGAAACGAUACUGAUAUUAUUCGCUGUCCUAAUCGACUAGAUUGGGCACUAACUUCUCAAACCAGCGAAGUAGUUAUUGCCGAACUUAUGCAUACUAGUGCUGCUAUAAAAAAUGCUACUGGUUUUACUCCUAAAUAUAUGCGUCCACCAUUCGGGGAUUACGACGAUCGAAUUCGUGAUAUUGCCACUCAACUUGGUAUGAAACCAACACUUUGGGAUUUAGAUACAAACGAUUGGAUGUCUGCCGAGGAUGCAACUUUCAACAUAAACUGGAUCACUGCUAACUUUACUCAAUGGGUUAAUGAUCCAAACCUCAAAACUACUGGUCAUAUCUCCCUCGAACACGACUUAUAUAAUCAAACCUCUGCGCAAAUUCCUCUAGUCGUACCAAUUCUUAAGAAAGCUAAUUAUACUAUAAAGCCUGUUUAUCAAUGUCUUAACGAUCCAUCUCCUUACGUUGAGAGUCUAGUAACGCCUACACCUGCAGCCACCACUGCUCCACCUCCAAGAGCUGCUACUCCAACCGAUAACCCUAUUAAAAGUACACCAACUCGGAAUUCCGAAGCCCCAUCUCAAACUCAAAAAUCUGGUGCUACAAAAAUACUCAACAACGAUCUUUUAUCUUUGAGUUUUGUUGUUGUUGUAUUAUUCGGAUCCUUAUUUUAUUAA